AUGCAUUUAAGCCAACCAAAAAUUUAUAAUACCAACCUUAAUAAUUUCGAGUAUGUGCCUGAAGAUUAUGAAGAAAAUACUGAGAGUACAAGCUUGGCUAUUGAAUCUGAAAGUAUUAUAACAGAAAGUGGUAGUGUUAUGACAGAUAAAUUUGACUUCGAUAUAGAAUUAAAACUAUUUCUUUUCAACUAUACAUGCUUUGAUAAAGCACGUGAAUUGGCAGAAGCAGAAGAAAGGGAAGAUUUCGAUAUUUUAAGAGAAAACCAUAAUAAUACUAAAACAGACAGUGGUGAUAUAGUAUCAACUUCGACAUUCGAUUUUGAACCCAGAUUAGAUGAUGAAAAUGAUUACCUUGUUGAAAAUAUUAUUGAGACCAAUACUAAAACUAGACUUAGUCAGCAAUUACAAGGAGGCCAUUUUUAUGAACAAUAUGGCCAUGGAUAUCCAAAAUUUGAGUGUAAACAUUUACAAAAAAAUGAUACAAAUGAUGGACUUCGAAUUUUGGGUCAUUGGAUCUUGCGUAUGGCUGAAACCUCUGAUGAGGUAACUGCAAAUUCACCUAGCCUUCUUUUUAUUAAAAUGGCUUUAAGACUAGGUCAUGUCAAUAUGACCAAUAUUAUAGAUCAAAAGCUUGACAUUACUUCCGAAACCGCAUCAGAUUUAGGAAAAGCAUUAGGAAUAGCAACAUGGAAUGUACGAAAUGAAGUAUGA